UAUUAACCCUUUUGUCACUGGGUUCUGGUGGCGGAUAAAAUGGCACCAACUUUUCUUUGUUGGUUGGGCGUUUUCUUUAUUUUCUAUGAGACUAGAGUAGAAGCCAAUUGGGCAUCAAGUCCGCCAAUAUCCGUCAAGUUAAAGGCACAAUGGAAUCGAUCUCCCCUUUUACUAGAGGCCAGUGAAUACAUUGCAGAAAUAGACGAAAGACUCUUCUGGCAGUUCGUAUGGCAGUUUAGGAACCUCCACCAAUCAUCAAAAACAGACAAAGAUCAAUAUGAGUCAAUCAUGUCGGCAGCUAAGACGAUGUUGGUCACGCCCUCUGAUCGACUGUUAUCGAUUUCUUUAUCUCUACACACUCAUUCACCAGCAGUACAAAUGUUUCAGCAAGUAUCAAGUGAAGUAUACGAGUCACUGGGAGGAGCUUGUGAUGACGUUUUCAUUAAUAUCAAUAACAGAUAUGUGUGUAAUACUGAAGAAUUGAAUAAAGAAUUAGAGAAUAUUAACAAUAAUAUUAACAGUAAUUCUUCUGAUAUCCAGUCUUUUGAUCAUUGUUAUCCUUUUGUUUCAUCAUUACCCACGGCUAUACUUUAUGGAGAAAUUGGAACUUCUCGUUUUUCGAGUUUUAUUGAGCUACUCUGGCCCAAAAUGGAGGCAGGAGAAUUGAGAUUGUGUGUCCGUCAUUUUGUGUUACAUAAAGAGAGAGAUCAGCUAGUGCUGUCUGGCUAUGGAGUCCAGUUAGCUAUUAAGAGCACCGAGUAUAAAGCAAUGGAUGACACUAAAGUUAAAGAAGGUGAUGGCUCUAAGUCAGUGGAUGAAGCUGAUUUGAUUCAUGAAGUUGGCGGAUUCAAUUUUACACGAUUAAAGGAGAGAUAUGGAGCUCUUGGUAGUCAAUUGGAUGAUUUCAAGAAACACUUACUAGACCAGAAGAAAGACCUACCCCAACUAAAGGCAUGGGAAGUAUCAGAUUUAGGUGUUCAGACAGUUCAAAGUGUAUUGGAGUCAGAGUUUCCAUGGAAUACUCUUCAAGAAAUAUCUCAUAAUCUACCAGUCAUUGCAAAGACUCUAUCUAGGCUCCCUGUAUCAAGAGAUGUAAAGACUGAUAUAGCUUACAACCAGAGAGUACUACAGCAAGUAGGAGUGGCCCCAGGUGACAGUGUAUUACUACUGAAUGGACUCAUACUUCAAGAAGAUGACAUGAACGUCUUCAGUAUUUUAGAUUAUCUUAAGAGAGAGUCAAGACUGUUGUCUGGGCUUGAGGGGCUGGGAAUUCCGUCGAAAUAUUUUGUUCAGAUGGUGUCGUUAGCAGUCCACCCACAGCACAGCACCUUUGCUGUUGAUAUGAGGAAUGAGUCAGUAUUGUUUAUUAAUAAUAUUGAGGAAGAUAAAAGAUAUUCUAGGUGGCCAUCAUCAGUCACUGAGUUCUUGCGUCCAGCAUUCCCGGGUACGUUACGUCAGAUCAGAAAGAAUGCUUUUACAAUUGUAAGUAAUGUACAUGAGCACGGACACAGAUUAGCUUUUUCUUGA